AUGGCCAUAGCAACAGUGGGAAGGGGCCUGCGGAGGCGAUGCAGACGAUGGCUGGCCACCAUCACCCAGAACCUCCAGAAUGGGUAUCUCUGGCAGCGCAUCGUCAAAAACACAGUGUGCACGGCCGUCAUGCUCACCUUAGGACUGAUCCCGGCUGUGAUUGAUGUGUUUGGCCGCUCAACUUAUCUCGGGGCCAUGGUGACGGUCUUUGGUUUCCCUGGCCAGCGUUUUGGUCAAAUGGCCGAGGCUCUCUUCUUGAUCCUCAUGGGAACAGCUGUCGGGCUAGGAUGGUCAAAUCUAGGACUCUACCUCUCGAGCCUGACAUACGCGAGCAACAUCAGUGCUGCAUACGCCAUCCGCGCAGUCUUCUAUGCCUUGGCAGUCAUAUUCCACGGAACUCUUCGAUCAUCUACCCCAAGGCUCUUCUUAUUCGUCUUCUUCUUCCUUCUUAUAAGUCUCACUGUCCUGACAGGAACGGCAACGUCAGUCUCUGGAGCCUUGGCAUCUCAGAUAUCUUACCCCAUCCUCACUGCUAUAGGCGUUGUAGUCCUGGUCAACGUGGCAAUAUUCCCGCAGUCCUCCAGCGGAUUUCUGGGAGACUCGGCCAUCGGAACUCUUCACGACGCAGUCAAAUGUCUGGAGGAUGCUGGAGACUGGUUUAUGUCGAGCGACACGGCUUCAUCCGAUGGAGAAAAGGGGCCGGAGCUCGACUUACGGACCAAGCUGGUAUCCUUGACGGAUAGGAAGCCAAAGCUACGAGCAAGGCUCGCUGGCUCAAAGAAAGCACAGGCAGAAUGCAAUUUUGAAGUGGUCUUUGCGGUUCUCCCGCCGAGAUCACUAAAGCCUAUCAGCGUCACGGCCAUGUCACGUCUUGUACAGAAUACGAUCAGCAUUGUCAACGCCUGUGAAAGCAAAUACGCCAUGAUGGGAGAUGAGGAAAACGGCGACCAGGCACUCAAUGGAGGGGAGGGAAGUGAUACGGACGACAGUGGUUCAAGCUCUGAUUCGACUUCAGAGUCCUCAACGUCAGAUGCUGAGUCAUCCGAUUCUCCUGGGGCGCGUCCACAGAACAUUCGACGCAAAUCGAAACAUGUUCGCAACCUAGAACUCGUGAAACCUGUACGGGAGAUAGAGUCUGCCGAUCUUGCUCUGUUCGAGCAAAUUCUAUCUCAGGUUCGGGGCCCCGGCAAGAUUCUUCAGGAUCAGAUACACAAAGCAGUUGAUGUCAUCACCUGCUCCUUGGCGUAUACAUACGAUGUCUCCAAGUUGCCAUCCGGAGCCCGACCUCCCGAUGGAAUUACCCUGGAGGAGAUCGACAUCCGAACAGAGGCAUUCACCCAAGCACUUGCCAUGUUUGAUAGGAACUCGGCAGAAGCACUUGAGAAAGCCGCAGCCAUGGCUUAUGGGAAAGGCUCACAGGUGGAUAUUAUGCCGCGAAUGGAAACAUUCUUGAUCAGCUCCUUUUUGAUAACUUUGCGGCAGGCAGCAUCUCAGAUACAUAUGAUGCUAAAGCAUUCUCGCGUACUCGUCGAAAGGCGGCUCAAUCGGCACGCUCGCCGUAGAAUCUACUUUCCCAAAAUCAGCUGGAAAAAAUGGCUGAAGUCUGGUGGAGAAAGAGAUAUCAAUACUGUGCCUGAGAACGCUAGAAAAGAAGCCCGGGGUGGUCACGGAGCCCUGGGUGAGGAUCCGCGGCACGAUGAAGAUGACCCUUCAACUAGUGAUGAGCAAUUGCUUCGGCAUCCCAAAGACGAGGAGAUGGGUCGCGCUCAGGAGAACCAAGCAACCCUGGGCAAGAUCCCCCGGAGGAAGGGGCCCCCGAAAUCCGAAAGCAACACGGUUUUGUGGCUUCGCGGUCUAGCAGCUGAUGUGGUAGAAUUCAUCGCUGACUCGGAUGCCCUGGCUUUCGCGCUCAAGAUGAGUGUGGCCGGAUGGAUAGUCACUUGGCCGGCCUUUGUCCCGUCACUAAACCCCUGGUACGCUUCUGUUCGGGCCUCAUGGGCAUCACUACAAUUGAUUUUGGUCUUCGAAGUUUCUGUCGGAACGUCCAUUCAAGGUUUUGUGCUGCGAGUCGUAGGAGUUAUUUACGGCUGCGUAGCCGGCUUCCUUUCGUUCGAGAUAGGGCAGGGCAAUCGUGUCGUUGCUGUGGUGGUGCUGGUGAUUGCAUCUAUACCGGCUGCCUACACACAGCUUGGGACCCCUUACGUCAAAACUGGCAUCAUAUCCAUUGUCAGUAUGUCGGUGGUUGGCCUUGCAACAAUUGUACAGCCGGAUAGCGAACCUUGGGGAAUCUUUUUGAAAAGAAUGGUCUGCUUCCUAGUAGGAGGUACCGUUGCUUUACUUGUUGAAAUGAUUCUGUUCCCAGUACGAGCGCGCGAUCGACUUGUUGAGUCACUCGCGUCAGCUAUUCAACAAAUUUCAAAUAUGGAAGCGUCUGUCGCUGUAGGUAUUGAGAAACCUGGCGCGGUCGAUCUCAAAUCUGAAGCACUCAAUGCGAAUUUCUGCCACGCAAAGGAUAAAGCCGAGGCUGCGCUUUCAGCCGCCCAAACGUUUCUUCCAUUCACCUUGACCGAGCCCCGGUUGAAGGGGAGUUUCAAGGGACAGGCGCUGAUAUACAACGAGGUUAUUUACGUUCUACAUCAGAUUAUCGAUCGCAUGGACCAUGUGCUUCAUAUCCGGCAAACUUACGGAAGUACAGUCUUGGAGGAAUUGAACGAACACGUUCUCCCCUACCGUCGUAAUAUGGCAUCGAGCAUUACCUUGACAUUGUUCGCGGUACACGAGGCUCUGACCACAAGGCUCCCCUUGCCACAGUUUCUGCCAUCAAGCAGAGUGGCACAUUUGCGAUACACAAGCAGGGUAAGAGAGGUCUUGCUGGAGCAACACGAUUCUGCCCCCGUCAGCAGAGCAGCGAGUGUGAAAUACCCAGACUCACGAAGAAGCUCGAGGGUGCCCGAAGCAAGUAUUCUCAAGUCUCUCACAAGACAGAAAUUUCUGGCAUGGAGUGCUGGAUCGGCAGGCAUGAUGGAGAUAAUCGAAUAUCUGGAGGAGCUUGUGGACUUGGCGAAGCUCCUCGUAGGCGUCAACGCCUUCCGAACCGGUAUGCUCGAACGGCCGAGGUUCCACGAGUACAUCGCAAAGAUCAAGGCUCGUGAGCUUGCAUCCAGCACCGCCGCAGAAACGGAGCAAACGGUUGAGAAGAUCAAGAGCAACGCCAGUGCAAAUCUUCGCAAACGGCGCCGGUUUGCCUCUUCUCACCACCGUGACUCGUACGGGGCCGCGCUGAGGAAACGGCAGACUUUUGUGGAACGAAUGGGCGCCGAUUCGGCUGUGGAUUCCGAUUCCGAACCAGACACUGUCGAAGACUUGCCAAUGAGUCUGCAGAGAGUAAGGACGAGGAGGAUGGAGGAGCGUCAAAACGAGAGAGUGCGACGGGCUAGUACUGUCGACCCCAAAGGAAAAAACGCCCUCAGAGGGGCUAAGACUUGGGGUGUAUAG